AUGGUCUCCGUGGUUCCAGCCCUCUGCCUAGCACUCCUCCUGCCUGCCGUGUCGCCCAGGUCCUCCAAACUUCCGGGCGGCUGCGCCUACACCACCAACAUCGUCACCUGCGACGGCGCCCACAACCUGGACUACAAGUACCUGGCGGCCACCGUCAUGAUGGACUAUGUCGUGGUCUUCAAUGUCGACAUCGUGGUGGUCACUUCAUCCCCCUGCAGCAUCGCCAAACUCGUCGACUGUGGGGUCGCUCUGCCUCUAGACGAACCCAUUAUCGUUGCUGGGCUGAUCGUUUCUCGCAAAAGCCCCCAACUAAGGUGGGCUGUGAAGCAUCAGAUCAUGAACCUGUGCGACAAGAUCGAAGAUCUGUUCGAUUCGGAGCUGAGAAUACAAUUCUACAACGCUGUGAUGCAGGAUCUGAAAGCGGAGGAAUCGGAACUGGAGAAGAUAGCAGUGAGUAAGGGGGAGCCGAUAUAUCUCCACAAGGUGGAACCGUUUCCUCCAACUUUACCUACCUUUGUGACCACAGUACAACCAGUCGAGCCGAAACGUCUGACCACAGGAGAAAACGACGCCGUGGCCCAGUUCUUCGAGUCGUCCGUCGUCAAGGACGUGGCCAAGGCCAUCGAGCAAAUCCCCACCAACGUUGGCCCGAUCAACAACGAAGGGAAAGUGGGGGACAACCCUUCAGAGGAAGAGUUGCAGAUCGUUCUGAAGGAGGAGAUGAAAGAUAUUAAAAAGGAUAUGAAGGGGAGAAGGAAACGACACGUGGAUAGCAGCAGACGUAAGUGGCGUAGCAGAAGACCAAGAUCAUUAGCAGAUGAUGGCUUUAGAAGUUUUUCUAACAACCGAGAACAAAGUAUUGAAUUGUAUGAGCCAAGAAGUAAAAGACAAGUUGGGAAGAAAAAGCGUAAAUGGCAAAGCAGACGACCAAGAUCAUUAUCACCAGCUCAAGAAUCUAUAAAUGGUUGGUCUAAUUAUCGAGAAAAAAUGACUGAUUUAUCUAAAUUAAAUAAGAAAGUUUACACUGAAAACAAUAAACGUAGAUGGCGAAGUAGGCAAAGGAAGCAGUUAACCCUAGCUGAAGAAAUAUUUGAGAUUUUAUUUAGUAACUCAUCUGACCGCGGAGAAUUAACAGAACGAAUGAAGGGACAACUUGGAAAUAAAAGACGUAGAUGGCGAAGCAGGAGACAUAUUCCAUUAACACCUUCUGAAGAAAUGUUAGAUAAGUUGUUAAGUAACGCAACAAUCCACGAACGGAACUUCUAUUUACCUACAUCUUAUGAAGAUUUUAUUCAAGGGAGGAAACUCACAAGGUACAAACGCGUGGCGAGUUUACCUAUCUUCAUCCCGCAGAAAGUUUUCAUCAACGGAGAAUACCUCAGCAUGUUCGACACCAACGGCAUCGCAGAGGACAAAAGACUGGAAGCCACGCUGGUCACCCCGGGGACGAUCCCACCCAUCCGCACCACGCCCCCGCCGACCACGACGCCCUCCGUAGGGGACCAUCGGAACCCAGCAGCCGCCAUGCUGUUUAAAAACGCCGAAGAGGCCCGCGCUCACGCCGUCAGCAACGGCCUGCUGAACCUGGACGAUGAAGACGACGAUGACGACGACGUGGAGAAUGAGAGUCCGGUGCUGACGGACCCGAUAGAUCAGGUGUCGGAGCAGGCCUUGCUCAAGCAGAUCCAGGUCAACAAAGGUCCGAUGAAAGCCCCCAACAACACGGCUGUGGUGGUGGACCGGUGGAGCGAGAUGCGGCGGGCCCAGGCCGAGGCGACGGCCGCCGACCACCGCGUCAAGUCCUUCGUCAUCUUCUUCGUCGCUGUCAUCGGCGUCAUCUCUGUCGUCGCCGUCCUGCUCAUUCUGGCAAUGAAAGACAAGAGAUCUUGGGGAAAAUUUGCGAUUUUCGAGUUACCCAAGAAGCGCAGCGAGAGAGAACGCCGUGAGCACCAGGAGAAGCUCCUGAGACAACACGAGCAGAUGAUACAACGCAAGAGGAACAUCUACAACCACUACGAUGGCGUCGACUCGGACGAGACAAGCCAUGAAAACUUCUGA